AUGCCUGGAAGCGAUAUCGCCAAGUCCAAACAGGAAUACCGAGCAUUCCUCGACGCGUUCUACGAAGAACACAAGGGCCAUCCGUCCAUAUCCAUCGACUUGCCCAAAGGAAUUACCAAAUGCGUUCAUCACGAUAAGGACCGGCGCUUCGCGCUCUUGGCGCACCUUCCCGCCAAGGACGCAACCGCGACCAAUCUCAAGCCCAACCUUGCCGAUGCUACUUACAAAGAGGCUCUGACUUGGCUUUCCGAGGCCUUCCCGCCCGACUCCUACGGUAGCUUCACCCAGCUGUGCAUCAUAGACGGAAUCCAAUGGCGAUUUGUUCAUGUGCCGGAAGACUGCUGUGAACAGGCAGACAUCCCUUGUGUCGCAGCGCUGUGGAGGACUCUCGCUAUUGUGCCUCUCGAGUACAGGGUCAUCGAGAUGCACUACCGAGCCAAAGAGACGCUCGAGCCCCUGGAAAAGUGA